ACCUGUUCUUCUCCCCGUGGCUCCGCCCCAGCAGCAGCAGCAGCAGCCAGGUCUCGCUUCUCUCUCCUCCCACAUCCACUCCUCCAAGUAGCAGCCGAGGUCAGGAUCUUUGGUCGGGGGAGCAGCCACCGCAUCACAGGAGCCGGAGCCGAGGUAAGGCUUCACAAGUAAUGCAACAUGGAAGUCAGUGUGUCAAAUCUGCCUUGUGGGACCUAUCUGGAAACGUGGGAGCAAGAACGUGAAGCGAUGAAUUCAGUUGGCGAUGAAAAUCCUUUUGAAGGAAAGAAUGGUUUGAAGGGGAGUCAAGAUACCUGGACGCAGAAUGCUGAGGUGGCAACGAGUCCAAUCCAAGCAGACAGCCAAGAACGCCAGCAUAAUGGGAAAUUAGUAAAUGCACAAUCCUUGCCCACGUUUAAGAUUUCUUUCAGCCCAGAGCUGGAGGUUUCCCAAAGUCCUCACUUCGAGUUUGACAGAUUGGCUCCUGCCAGGGUCUCCUUGUCUCCAUCCCUUCGGAGAAUGAGGAGAAAGAUGGCGAUGCCGCGGCCACUGCAGGGUUUCUGCGAGUUGGGGAGGCCGCUCGAGGACAAUGAAGACCCUGUGCUCUCCGGCAACCCACCGAGUUCGAGUCCGGCGAGUCCAUAUUGGAGCGGCCAAGGACCGCCGUGCAAGGAGACUGUCCGGCAGCCGGUGCAACAAGACGGUGCACAGUGUGUCAAAGGCCUUUUAGCUACAAGCCAGAUAAACAGUGACUGUACACCGAGCACCCCUCAGACUGAUACAGGCAACCCUCUGUGGGCUCGGCGAAGAGGGGACUGUCCCGUCCCUCCACUGGAUAAUCUUCAGCAGAAUACCCAAGACUCAAAGCCUGAAAGGCACCCGUCCACCCGCAGAGACAGCUCCGUGGUCGUUUGUUUACCCGGACUCGAGGAUUUUCAAAUUCUAACACCAUCCCAUUUUUUUCUUUCAGAAUCAAAGAAGUUGAAAUGGCCCUUCACAAAGCGAGGACAGAUUAAAGUGAAGCAAAAGCCACUGAGCGAGCUGGAAAACCUCCUGGCAACAUUUGAGAUCACAGAGCAUGACGAUCACGGCUUACACCAGUACAAGGGCAAGAGCUGGCAAGAGGUGCUGAAGCAUCAGAGCGGGUGUGGGCAGAAGGAGAAGAAGCUGCAGGAGGCCAUGUGGGAGAUCUUCACCACGGAAUGUACCUACUUCAGGGAUCAGCUCCUGGUGAUGGAGGAGGUUUUCCUGAACACUUUGACAUUUCUGCAGAGCGGGGGUUGGCUGCUGGAUGUUGACCCGCGGAGACUGUUUGCAAACCUGAACGAACUGUCCAAGGUGAGUUUGGACUUCCUGACCAAUCUGCGGGAUGCAAUUGAGAGCUCCUGGGAUCUAUCAUCUCUACUUGCCGUGCUGUCAAAGUUUCAGGGCUGUGUGUGCAGUUGUCAUCAGAAGUAUUGCCUGAACUAUUCUUCAGCUAAUUUCUACCUCAAUAAUCUGAAGACAAGGGAUGACUUUGGGAUCUUCCUUAAGUGGUGCGAGCAGAAGGGCCAGUGCAAGCGACUGCACCUCUCCGACCUGCUGGUCUCGCCACUGCAGAGGCUGACCAGAUACCCGCUCCUCCUGAGGAGUCUCUGCAACAGAUGCACGGAGGCGGGUAUGAAGCAGGAGAUCGAAGCCAUCGUGGAACGCGUGGACAACUCGAUCUGUGAUCUGGAAGGGAAAGUGAAAUGGCUGGACAGGAUCCAGAAGUUUCAGCAGCUCCAGGAGAUCAUCGUUUGGCCUCCUGUCUGGGAGAGAAACAAGAAAGCCUUUGUACCUGAGAGUCUUCGCCACCUGUUGAAAGACAACAGUGCAGACAAUCUCCUCUCACCUGCCAACAGACAGCUUGUAUACGAAGGGAGGAUGACUCUGGUGGGGGCUACAAAAUUCCUGGAUGUACAUUUGUUUCUUUUUGACGAUUUACUCCUAAUCACUAAGAUCAAACAUGUUAAAAAGAAAGCAGCCCUGGACACUGGCUUGAGAAACUCUUCUCCCAUUCUUGAACUACAAGCCCUGGGCAGGGAUGGAGUGCUGUGCAGCGUACUGGAACAACCCAUCCCACUGGAUAGAUUAACACUCAAGAACAUCGAUCCCUUCCAUUCAGCCGGCUGUGGAUUGCGUGACGCUUUUCUAAUCGUACAUCUAAACCGCUACCACCAGUCCAUAGGAAUCUUCACACUUCAAGCACAUUCCGAGUCAGCUAAGAAAACAUGGAUGUCGCACAUCGAGUCAGCAUCCGCGGCGUACAGGGACAUUAUCGACCCCCCUCACCCACGCUUCCGACCAGCGGUGCAGGAAUCGUCAGAAAUCUAACUCCUGCUAAAACUCUGCCCAGUUGCCCAGAUCUGUUCAGCGCAUUUUGGAGAGAAAAAAAAAUAUCUACCUCUUGCAUUCUAUUUUGCAAAUACUUCUGGUUUUUAAUAAAUGUGUCAAUGCUUUUUAAA